AUGGCUGCCAGGAGUAAUAGAAGGAUGACAGUAGACGAUGUUGUGGCUGAUCUUGUGGCCCAGUCUGACUCUGAAAAUGAGUAUUUGGACGAUGAUUUGAGUGGCAGUGAUGAUUCUAUGCCCGGUGUACAUAAUGUACAGGAUGCUACAGGGGGUCCCAAUGAUGCUGCAUCCUCUGAUGAUGAUGAUGGGGCUUAUGUCCCCCCACCAGUUGAUGAUGUUACUAGUGAAAGGGAAAGUUCUAGUGACCCAAACAGUGCCUUAUCUGAUUCUGAUGAUGCUAUGCAACAGGCAGCUGCCCCCCAAAGAGGGAGAGGUAGAGGCAGAGGCAGGGGCAGAGCCAGAGGUAGGGGGCGUGGUCGAGGCCAAGGCAAUGCUCCGCCACCUCAACCAGGGGCCAAUGCAGUCAGAAAUGACCCAAGGAUCCGUGAUCUACAGUGGCGUGACCAUGAUGGAAUAGUCCCGCUAUGGUGCCCUCAGUAUACCAGAGAACAUGGAGCUACUGGACAGUUGCAGGGAAAGACUCCUUAUGAUUUUUUCUCUCUGUUCUUUCCGGAAGAGGCCAUUGAUCUGAUUGUUACAGAGACAAAUCGAUAUGCACUGCAUUUUUUUGAUACUCCAGUUGAUUUUCCUACUUGCUCCCGCUUCCAUGAUUGGGAAGAUGUAACUGCUGCAGAUGUGAAGAUCUUUUUAGCAAUACAAAUAGGGAUGGGGCUCUGCUCAAAACCAAAUCUGGAAGAUUACUGGAGUGAUUUCUGGCUGACUUGUACGAGUGGGUUCACUGAAUACAUGCCACGCAACAGAUACGAACUUAUAUCUAGUUUCCUGCACUUCAGUGACAACUCGUUGCAGCCAGACAGAGAUACUCCAGGGUAUGAUCCAUUGUAUAAGCUUCGCCCACUGCUUGAUAUUACUGGUCCAACAUAUCAGCAGCACUACAUUCCAGAACGAGAAUUGUCAAUUGAUGAAAGUAUGGUGAAAUUCAAAGGACGACUAUCUUUCAAGCAGUAUAUGCCCAACAAACCCAUAAAGUGGGGAGUGAAAGUGUGGGCUUUGUGUGAAAGCACCAGUGGUUACUGCUUGGGUUGGUAUCCCUACACAGGUAAACAAAACGUGACAGGACUAGGACUUGGGUACGAUGUUAUCGACGCCCUCACACAGAACUUUCAUGCAUAUGGACAUCAUUUGUUUUAUGACAAUUUUUAUUCCUCACCUUUUCUCAGUUUGCAAAUGAUGGAUCAUGAUAUUGCAACAUGUGGUACCAUCAGACCUGACCGCAUUGGAUAUCCAAGAAACUUUACUGACAUUCGCCUGGCUCGUGGUGCAGCCCCUCUGUUCAAGAAGUCAGGGAACCUCAUGGCAUGCACUUGGCAGGAUAAUAAGCGUGUGAAUGUGUUGUCAACAAUCCAUGGCAUUGGAGUGAAUGUCAAUCAGGUCAGGGACAGGAAAGAUGCUACAGGCUUCAGACAAGUACAUAAACCAGUUUGUAUUUCUGAGUACAAUAAGUAUAUGGGGGGCGUUGACCUGAUGGAUCAGCUGCUUCAGUACUAUGAGUUCCCUCAUUGGAGCCACAAGUGGUAUACACCCAUCUACCACCGUAUUCGUGAAGUUGCAGUUGUAAAUGGCUUCAUUCUUUACAAGAAAGUCAAUCCUCAGGGCAAGAUGUCACAUUUGAAGUUCAGACAAGGGGUUAUUGAUGGAUUGGUACAAGGUUUGGCUUCAACCCGCAAGCGCCGUGGCCGUCAAAGUCUUGCAGCUGACAGGGAUCUCCGCCUAACGGAGAGACAUUUUGGCUGGACCCCUACCAAGAACUACAAGCCAGACUGCUCUGUCUGUUGUGAUAGAAAGAUAAAGAGGGUGCAAACUUCAGAUGGUUGCAAAAACUGCAACAAGCCUAUGUGUUGGCCAGAAUGCUUUGAGGUCUAUCACACGGUGCAGGACUAUCGACGCGUUGGUAGGACCAUUUCUCAAAGGAAAUAUGACGCCCGGGAUGCUGCAAGGAACCAGCAGUAA